AUGGGUGUUCCCGCUCUUUUCAGAUGGCUUUCCAAAAAGUACCCUCGUAUCGUCACUUCGGUGCAAGAGCAAGAUCCUAAAACAGCACCCGGUCCAGAUGGUUCCGAGAUCGUGCUCCCCCUCGACACAUCCACGCCCAAUCCCAAUGGCGAAGAAUUCGACUGUUUAUAUCUAGAUAUGAAUGGUAUCGUACAUCCAUGUACACAUCCAGAAGGAAAACCAGCUCCUGAGUCCGAAGAGGAGAUGAUGAUCGAAGUUUUUGCCUACACUGAACGUGUCGUCAACAUGGUUCGUCCUCGUCGUUUGCUCAUGAUGGCUAUCGAUGGUGUUGCUCCACGUGCAAAGAUGAACCAGCAGCGUUCCCGUCGUUUCCGUGCUGCCAAAGAAGCACGCGAAAAGCACCAAGAGAAUGAAUCUGCUCUUGCCGAAUGGAAGGCGAAAGGCCUUCCCAUUACAGACCAUGCUCUCCAGUCCAAAAAGGCAUGGGACUCAAACGCCAUCACACCAGGCACGCCCUUCAUGGAUCUUCUUGCAGCCUCCUUACGAUACUGGGUCGCACAGAAGAUCAACACCGACCCUGGUUGGAAGGAUGUCCAGGUCAUCAUCUCGGAUGCCAGUGUUCCUGGUGAAGGUGAACACAAGAUCAUGGAACAUAUCCGUCGUCAACGUUCCCACCCCGAACACGACCCCAACACCAAGCAUGUCAUCUACGGUCUUGAUGCUGAUCUUAUCAUGCUUUCCCUUGCCACCCACGAGCCUUACUUCAAGGUUCUCCGUGAAGACGUCUUUGCUUCCGACAACAAGCCCAAGACUUGCAAUAUUUGCGGUCAACCAGGCCACUUUGCCGCCAGCUGCAAAGGCUCUCCUAAGAACAAGUCCGGCGAGCAUGAUGAAAAGGCACAAACGCCGCCCGACAAGAAGCCAUUCAUCUUCCUCGACCUUCCAACUCUCCGAGAAUAUCUCCAAGUCGAACUCAACAUUCCUCAGCUUCCCUUUGCUUUCGAUCUUGAACGCGCCAUCGACGACUGGGUCUUCCUUAUCUUCUUCGUCGGUAACGAUUUCUUGCCCCACCUUCCCUCACUCGAAAUCCGCGAUGGUGCUAUCGAUACUCUCCUUCGCAUAUGGAAGAAAGAGUUGCCGUCUAUGGGCGGUUACCUCACCAACCACGGUAAAGUUGAGCUCAGUCGCGCUCAGCUCAUCCUCAACGGCCUCGCUUCGGAAGAAGACGACAUUUUCCGCCGCAGGAAAGAGGAUGAAGAUAGACGCGAGAACAACAAGAAGCGUCGUGAAGCCAUACAGCAGCGACGUGAGAAGGAGCUUGACGAGGGCAACUUUGGCAACGCUCCUAUGGUUGAGGUUAUGACCAAGAAGCGUCCUGCUCACGAGACCGAGAAGCCCGCUUUCAACGGUGUUUCGGCACAAGAUGCUCGUGAACAGGCCAACAGUAACAACAAAUCCUACGAUCCACGCAAGAAAGCAGUCGUGCUGGGUGGUGACAACAACAAUGUCGUGCGUCAACGCAAUGCUGCUCGACAGGCCAACAUGGACGCUGCUGAGGCACUAAAGGCUGAGCUGAUGGCUCAUAAUGCCCAACCUCCCGUGAAGAAGGUCAAGACCGAAGCCGGUGCCGAGGCCGCUCCUGCUUCUCCCACCGAGGAAAAGCAGGAGAACGGCGAUGACAAAGUGAAGCCAUCAUCAUCCGCUGGCACCAAGCGCAAAGCUGAGGAUGUUGAUGCUGAUGCAGAUGGCGAGGUUGCCGUCAAAGCCGAGAAUGGCGACGACGCUGCUGAAGAACCAGACGCCGAAGAUGAUGCUGACGAUGACGACGACGACGACAACGUUGAAGGAAACGAAGACGUCGACCCAGUCACCACCAUCAAAAAGCGCAAAGUCAACGCCGAUGGAACCGUCGAUUAUCAAGACACGGUCAAAAUGUGGGAGCCCGGAUACCGCGAACGCUAUUACCGCGAAAAAUUCGGCGUAGACCUCUCCGACACCGACUUCCGUCGUCAAGUAGUCAAAUCCUACAUCGAAGGUCUCUCCUGGGUUCUAGCAUACUACUACCAAGGUGUGCCCUCAUGGCAAUGGUACUACCCAUUCCACUUCUCCCCCUUUGCCGCUGACUUUGAAGACCUUGCAUCACUCGAUAUCAAGUUCGAACUGGGCGCACCUUUCAAACCGUUCGAACAACUCAUGGGUGUUCUCCCCGCCGAUUCGCGUGCUUCCAUCCCUGAACCUUUCCACCCACUCAUGACCGAAUCCGAUUCGGAAAUCAUCGAUUUCUAUCCUAGCGAAUUCGAAAUUGACAUGAACGGUAAAAAGAUGGCAUGGCAAGGCGUGGCUCUUCUUCCUUUCAUCGAUGAGAAACGCCUUCUCGAUGCACUCAAAGACAAGUACCCCUUGCUUAGCGAAGACGAAGUCCGACGAAACGGAUUUGGUAACAACACUUUGUUCGUCGGCAACGAAUCUCGUCUCUAUGAUUUUCUCUGCGAAGAAAUCUACUCCAAAAAGGCUUCGGACGAGGAAAAGAAAAAGGCUAUCCCAAUCAACCCAGCUCUCACCCGCGGAAUCACCGGCUAUGUCAAGCCGGACCCAGUCUGCGUACCCGGAUCGACGUUCAACUCGCCCUUAACGAGUCAGAAUCUGCAGGACAUUCACAACGAUUGUUCAAUUUCGGUGCUUUAUGAUUUUCCCGAGCAAAAGACUCCUCAUAGAUCGGUGCUGCUGAAGGGUCUGAAGCCGCCUAAGCCGACAUUGUCGCCAGCUGAAAUUGACUGGGUGAAGAGGGGUAGUCCUGAACGCGGUCGAGGUAAAGGUAGAGGUGGACACGGUGGUCCAGGUCGAGACAUGCACCGUAACAACAACGGUAACAACUACAGUAACAACUACAGUAACAAUGUUGGUGGGCAAGGUCAGGGUCAUGGUAGUUCCAGCUACCGCAGCAACAACGGCGGCGGCGGCGGCGGUGGUGGUGGUGGUGGUGCUGCAUCUGCCGGCCGUGGUGAAUACGGUGGAUACGGAGGGUACGGACAAGAGUAUGGAGGGUACAGCAAUGGCGGUGGAUACGGAGGCUACGGCCAAGAGUAUGGAGGAUACAGCAAUGGCGGUGGAUACGGAGGCUACGGUGGCACAGGUCAAGCUGCAUACGGCGGUGCCGGCGGUUAUGGCGGAUACGGAGGCUACGCAAGUGCAGCUGCACCCCCCGCACCUUACGCCGCAGCUGGCGCGUACGACCCAUACGCAGGCUACGGCGGAUACGGAGGCUCGUCUUACCCCCCGCCCGCUGCACCUGCUGGACCGAAACGAGACGAUAGGUAUGCGGCUUACACCCGACCUGCUGAAUCCCAAGUCCCAGUCAGCGGUGCCGGGGGUAGGGGUGGAAGACACGAAAAACCACACCACUACAACCAACACAGUUCUGGGUAUGCUGGAUUGCCGAGUCUGGGCGGUCCGCCUCCUCCACCUGCUACUGCUCCGGCUGCUUACGGUGGCUACGCCGCUCCAACGCCUGCGCCUUAUGGAGGGUACGGAGGUGCUCCAACCCCUGCAGCUGGUGGAUAUGGUGGAUAUGGCGGGUAUGGUGGUGGUGGAUAUGCCGCCCCUCCUCCUCCUGCUGGCGGACGUGGUGGAGGCAGAGGUGGCAGAGGAGGUGGUAGGGGUGGAGGUCAAGGCGGACGCGGAGGAGGAGGAAACGCUUCUUACGGCGGUGGUGGCGGCGCUUAUGCCUCUUUCUACUAA